CUUUAUCAUUCGUAUUUAUAUGAGCUAACAGUGCAGCACAAGUCAAAGAUAAUAUAUUUUUUUGAAGAGACCACAAUGGAAACUCAUGAACACAUGUUGCGCGAACUUCUCGAGGAUGUAGCUGCAGAACAUAAUUACAAAGAUGCUGACAUUAAAAUAGAAGCCAUAUCCAGUGGAGGUGCGAACUAUACAUCAGUACUUUAUAAUAUAACUGUAGCUGAUUCAAAGACGGAGUUGAAAUUGUUCGCGAAAGUUGCAAAUCUCAGUGAGAAAACUCGAACGGUUGUGCCUACGUUCAUUUUUGAUACAGAAAGAUACGUGUAUAGAGAUUUAGCUCAUAUUUUUAAAAGCAUAGAACAAAAGUGCAAGAUACCAGAGGAAGAAAGAUAUGUUUUACCAAAAUUUUACGGCUAUAAUCCAAAUAUUUAUGAAGAAACUAUUAUUUUGGAGAAUUUGGCGGCUCAGGGCUAUGUUGUCUAUGACAGAUUGAAGUCCAUCGAUUGGCCUUAUGCAUCCAAAGCUGUGGAGAUCAUAGCUAAAUUUCACGCUUUAGCUAUGGCCUACGGAGAGCAAAAUCCCGAGGAAUACCGCAAACUACUCGAGAAGUUGAACGAUGAUAUAGAACCAGCAUACAAAUCAAUGAGUGAUAAUUUCAAAAGUUUUGUAAUAAAAGCCCUAUCCGUGACAAGAGAGGAAAAUAAAGAAAGAUUACGAAAGUUUUUUGAGAAAGAAUGUUCGCUGGAAGGGGCCAUAUUUAGCAGGUAUACAAAGCCAACUCGUAAAGCUGCGAUUAUUCAUGGCGAUUUCAGACCCAGUAACAUAAUGCACAGAGUCAACGAGGACGGUACCAUCGACCUGAUCCCCCUAGACUAUCAGACGAUCCAGGCCGGCUCCGGGGUCGCUGACCUUCUUUACUUUAUUUUCUCCGGGUCUGAUGCGGAGUUUCGAGCUACGCACUACCAAAAACUAAUUGACCGCUACUAUCAUAGCUUGAGCACAACUUUAAGAAGGCUGAGGUUAAAUCCUGAUAAGAUAUACUCAAGGGAGGACUUCGAUUACGAGCUGCAACAGGCACUGCCUUAUGGCCUCAUCGUGGCGGUGUUCCUGCUGCCGGUGGUGACUGUGGAGUCUGAUGAUGCGCCGGACAUCAACGCUGAUGAUGUGUGGAACACAUUGUCCCAGGCGAAGACAGGACGUCAUUACCCCGCGAGGUUGAACGGCAUCAUCGAUGAUUACGUCCGAUGGGGAAUUCUAUGAAUUUAUUUUACAAGAAAUACGAUGGGUCCAUGGAAGUGGUCCCAGUAGACUUGCAGACAUUGCGGGCUGGCUGCGGCGUGAGCGACCUCACGUUCUUCAUCUUCUCCGGGACUGAUAAGGAGUUCCGAGAGAAACACUACACCAGAACCUUGGACCACUACU